AUGGAGUUCCAGAAGGGUGAACGCGUUUUUCUAAACUUCGAGACGGGUGGUGUCGAGAAGACCAAUCAGGAACCUGAACAUGAGCCUCCAGUGUUGCCCGCAUUCGAUUUCGUGGGCGACAUUCUCGAGCGCAACCCGUCUUCAGCCGCUCCACCAGUGGCGCCCUCCUUUAAAGCAAACACAACUGGCUUUCCAGCACAUAAGAAACGUAUACCACGAGUUUCGGCCUUCAAACAGCAACGCGCAGCGAAAGAACAACAGGCUACACCAGCACCGAAAGCGCAAGAUGUCUUAAGUCUACACAGCGCGCCCCCACCGCGGGCAAGAUUUGAGCUUGAUGACGAGAGGAGGGCGAUAGACGAAGAGAACAAGCGAAGACUGGACGCUAUGUCUGAGGAGGAGAUCGAAGAAGAGCGCAGGGAGCUUAUGGCGCACCUCGAUCCUACACUGAUACAGAGAUUGCUUGCGCGGUCCAAUAUCGACGAUGGAAGCAAUGAACAGCAACAAUGGCCAGAAGACAAGGUCGAUGCCUCUGAACCUACAUUGUCAGUGCAGGAGACCGAGGGAGAGUCCGCCAAAAAAGAUUCGAGCUCGAAGAAAGUGUCUUUCGCGGCGCCAGAGGAGCAAGAAGACGAAGAAGAAAAAGUCAUAACAUCACAACUACCAGAAGCGAGUACACCACAAAACACCUCGACAGCAUCGUCACACACGCACAGUGAAGAAGCGACUGGCUCGUUACAUUUCCCACCCACACCGCAACCGCCUGACCUCGACCCCAACGACCCCAACUUCCUCCAGAACAUGCACGCUAAAUACUUUCCCUCACUACCCUACAACCCCUCGACCGUCGCCUGGAUGACACCGAUCGACCUCGCUGAUAAGUCAUCACCAUACCACCCCUCACAAACUGCUCUCAAUGCCUCUGAGCUGCGCUUCGACUUCAAGGGCACGCUUCUAGCACCAAGCGUUGCGCGCGAAAUACCCAGCGAUAGAGGGCUACACCACCACGCCGAUGCACCUGAAGCAGCAGGAUAUACAAUACCCGAACUAGCAGUCACUGCGCGCAGUGCGGUGCCUGCGCAGAGAUGUAUGGCGUAUCAAACACUUGGGCGGAUAUUAUACAGGCUGGGACAGGGCGAGUUUGGGGUGGAGAAGCCGAAGCAGGAAACUGAUGGGCCUGUGAAAGUGGCACGAAACCCUGAUGAAGAGGACGAUGAAGUGGAAGAUGAGGAUGUGGGGCACUACAUGGCAGCUGGGCUGUGGCAGUGUAUUGAGGAUGGGAGGGUAAUCGAGACGAUGACCGAGGAGGCCAAUAAAGAGAAGGGACACCUUACUGCAAGGACGUUUGCACAAGAGGCGCUGUGGAAUUGGAGAAGAGGUGGAGGACGCAAGAGACAUGCUGUGUGAAGCAUUUACCUAAUGACUGUCCUCA